AUGGCCUCAACUGAGGGUAACACUCAGACAUACAAGAUGACCUCUUUGGACAACGACAUCAACCAACACUUCCAGGAUGCGAUUGACGUGAUUCAACAGCAUUCAAGUAAUUCAUAUUACGAUUCAGAGUACACAUAUUACGAGACUCAGGGUACCCAGCAGCCCUCGUCAUUGCAUUGUCAGAUCUCCUGCUGCCUCGUCACACACCCGUCUGAUGUGCCAGCUCCAGCAUGUGACUGGAAUGACACGGCUCAACACUCUUGGCCUCAGGUCAUUCCUGAUGUCUCCUUGGGUCACUCUGUGCAAAAUGAAUCACCUCAUUUCUACUCAAUCUUACCUCCACAGAGGAACAGCAAAGGUCGCAAGAAGCUCAGACUUUAUGAAUACCUCCACGAGGCUCUGAAUGACCCCAACAUGGGCGACUCAAUCCAGUGGACAGACAACGGCAGUGGCACCUUCCACUUCAUCUCCAAGAACAAGGAGAAGCUGGCCGAGUGCUGGGGCCAACGCAAGGGCAACCGCAAGACCAUGACCUAUCAAAAGAUGGCAAGAGCUCUGAGAAACUACAGCCGGACCGGCGAGAUCAUCAAAGUGCGCCGUAAACUCACCUACCAGUUCAACCCAGACAUCCUGCACAGGCUCGGCUCUGCACAGGUGUCCGUGCAGCAGCACUGCCGCCCCGCACAUGAGGAGGUCCACGCCCGGCAGCAGAGCCCGGCUCAGCAGACCUACUGCGGCUCUGUAGCGGCGGACUGGCACAGCUGGUACGGACACUACCAGUUGCAGGAAGACUAUGACCUGGCCUCCAGCUUCACUUCACUCAGCACAGCCAAACUCUGA